GCCCGCCGCUCGAGUUCCUCUCAAUUCAUUUGCGACUUCGGUCCUGUAGCGGCUGGGCGUGCAGUCCAAGCACCUUCUCUUCAGCGACAACCACGACUACUGGGACAUGACUAGUCAUGAAUUGGAAUCGGCCAAAACAAACUUUAUUGAAAAUCUCGUGGAAAAUUGCCUUGAUGCAUGCUGAAGACCCAGAAUGAGGUGCUCAGGGACCAGUUCGGAGUUUUCUCUCGACAUUGAAAUAUCUCGUCGUGCCCGAUUGGAAUCCUGCUUCUUUCUCCAACUGCAUCCUAACGUAUUCAGAGGUCGAGUCAUCGUCAGAUACACCGACACCGCUCGUUACCAUGUUGUCCAAGACCUUCGCUCUUUCUGCCUUGGCAGCGACUGCUGUCGCCCAAGAUGCCCUCCCCAGCUUCACCCAGCUGCUCAACGAGACUCGUGCCCUGGGUUACCUCAACGAAUUCCUUGCCGAGUACCCACCUCUCUUGAGCGCUGUCAACGCGCUCACCAAUGUGACCAUCCUGGCCCCCAACAAUGCGGCUCUCCGUCUCUUCCCUUGGGAUCCUCGAUUCAUGGAUCUGUAUGAAGGCACUGUCGACUAUGCCCAGGCCCUCAUUGGAUACCACAUCAUCGAAGGUGUUUAUGAGAACUUCACCGAGUCGUGGCUUCCAUACAAGACCUCUCUCCGCGUCGGAGAGUUCGCCAACGUCACUGGCGGCCAGGUCGUCAUUGGCCGCUACAACUGGCGUGGAUACUACAGCGAGUUCUUCGGCGGUGACAGUGUCACUGCCCACUACCCUGUCGACAAGGUUCCUGCCCUUGCCCCUGUCGCCAUUCCCUUCAACGGGGGUGUCAUCUACCCCAUCGACGACGUGCUCAACAUUCCUGGUAACCUCACCAAGGAGUUGGCCCAAAAGAACGUCAACGGCUCUACCUUUGUUAGUCUUCUCGAAAAGGCUGGCAUCCUCGAGGAAGUUGAGGGUCUUGCUGAUAUCACCGUCCUCGUCCCCGACAAUGCUGCUUUCGAGACUGUUGGAGCAGCCGUCGAAGAGCUUUCGACUGAGGAGCUGGCCGAGGUCCUGAAGUACCACAUCAUCACAGACAACGUCGUGUAUGCCAACCUGAUCGCCAACGGUACCACUUACCCCACCUUGUCAGGAACCGAGAUCUCCAUCUACCGAAACAGAACCACCUUCUUCGGCAAUGGUGCUGCUACCACCAACAACCUCCUGAUCCGCAACGGUGUUGCCAUCGUUGUUGACAGCGUCCUGAGCCCCGAUGCCCCCGCCGUCAACGGCACCCAGUCCGCAGGAAACCCUGCUUUCCCCGUUGGACCUGGCUCUAGCUCUAGCUCUGAUGACACUACCGGAUGUGCUGCUGCCACUACCGGAGGUGCUGCUGCCUCCACCACCACUGGCACUGCCCCAGCUGAAUACACCAACGCUGCCGUCUCCUUCAAGCAAGGUGCCGUCAGUGUUGCCGCUUUGGUCGCCGCUGCCGGUUUCGCCAUGAACUUGUAGAGGAGUGCAGACAUCAUGCAGUGGACCUACUAAUACCCAACAACGGUCCGCAAUGACGGCUCCCGUCUAUUGAAGUGAGCAAGAUAACCAUCUGGGUUUCUAUUCUCGAAAAACCAUGUACAGACGAUCCUUGAUAGAUGUAAUACAACAGCAUGUUGAUACCACUA